GUCACGGUUUAAUUGAAAUAUUGAGUUCUUUCUAUAUAAUAUAAAUGCAAAAAUGUUCAAAUUGCUUUAUUCCGUUUUAUUAGGCGUACUUGUUUGCUCUCAUAUGAAAUCAAAAGUGUGGGGUGACGGAGAUGUUACAGCUUCGGUUCGAUCAUAUAUUAAUCGGGUUAAUAAUAAAAUGUUUCUAUUAUAUGAAGAAAUUCAUCGUCUAACAUUUAAUAAACAUCAAUAUGAAUAUCUGGGUGAUCUAGAUGUAAUUGGAAGAACUAUUGAUGAAAUUGCUUCAUUAACAAAAGAAGCGCAAACAUUUAAUUUGGGUGACGUUAAAGAUCCCGAAUUAAAAUCAGCCCUUCUAAAUCUACAGAAAUCAUCUUAUUUAUAUAUACUGGGCGGUGAUGAAUAUAAUAAUCUAAUGCAAAUUUUGGAUACAAUGAUGAUGCCAGCAAUUCGGCGAGGUUUAUGUGAAUAUAAUAAUUUUCAUAAUUGUGAUCUCGCAUAUAUACCAGACAUUAAGCAAAUGAUUGCAAGUAAUUCAUAUAAUUCCGAACAAUUAUUAUAUUAUUGGACACAAUGGCGGGAAGAAAUUGAAAAAAAAUCAAGACCACAAUUCCCAAAAUUUAUUGAUUUAUAUAAACAGGCUGCUGUAGAAACAGGUGUGACACCUGUUGAAUUUUUAUAUAAUUAUUAUGGUGGUGAUACAAGCAUAAUUGACAAUAUGAAGCACGUUAUGAAUGAUUUAAUGUCAUUUUAUGAAGAAUUUCAUGCGUAUGUACGGCAUGAACUGAGUGAAAUAUUUGGUAAAGAUAUUGUUUCAAAAACAGGUCCGAUACCAGAUCAUAUUUUCCAAGUUAUAUCAAUGCAAGCUUGGAAAAAAGAUAGUAUUUUGCCACAACCUUAUCCAGACCAAAGAUUACCGAACUUAAAAGCUGGCUUACAGAAUCAAAAUGUUAACCCAACAAAAAUGAUAAACAUUAUAGAACAAUAUUACACAUCAAUGGGUUUAAGUUCUAUUCCCAGAAAUAUUAGAUCAAAUUUUAAGAAAAAAAGUGAUAAUGAAUUACGAUCAGAAUGUAAAGCUGAAAUUUAUGAUGAAACACCAAAUAUAAGAAUGGAAUAUUGCCCACAAGUUAAUAUCAAGAAAUUUUUACAAAUGCAUGGUUACAUGGGCCGUGUUCAUUACGCUUAUGAAAAACGCGACCUACCAUUCCAUUUCUUUAGUUCAUAUAAAUUUGAAGAUGCAGUAGGUGAAGCUCUAAUAUUAUCUGCGUCAUCACCAUCACAUUUAACAAACCUUGGAAUUGUUGAAGACUCCACAUACACACCAGAAUUGGAAAUGAAUCGUCUAUUCAGAAUGGGGGUUCAUACCAUUUUUAAUAUACCAAAAUAUUAUGUCCAUGUAAAAUUAAUUGAAGAUAUACUUAAUGGUACUACAACUACUGAUAAUAUUAAUGUACAUUACUGGAAAUUAAUGGAACAGUAUGCAGGAGUUGAACCACCAAUCAAUCGUAAUAUUGAAGCUCUUGAUUUACCAUAUAAAUUUUUUGAAGAUUUAAAAGCAAACCGUUUAGUAACAAAAUUUGUGUCUGAAAUUCUUGGAUAUCAAUUUUAUGAAUCAUUAUGUAUAAUAGCUGGAAAAUAUGGUUUCUACGCACAAGAUAAACCAUUACAUGAUUGUAAUUUGGAAGGACAUAAUGAAGUUGGACGUAGUCUAAAAAAUAUGAUGAAAUUAGGAUCAAAAAAACGAUGGCGAGAAGUAUUAAAUGUUGUUAAUGGAAAUAAUAAUGGUUUAUCAGCACAAGGUUUAUUGCAUUAUUAUUCACCAUUAAGAAGCUGGUUGCAACAGCAAAUUCAAAUAAAGAAAAUUAAUAUUGGAUGGACGCCAAGUGAAAAAGCUGUAAAUUUGAGGCUCUCUACUCCAAGAUGAGAUUCGAAACAUUAAAAUAUCAGACUUUAAGACGCUAUGACUUAACACAUGAUUUCUAUUGUUCGAAAUAAAGUAAAUAUCCAUUUU